GAUGCUAUCCUUUCCCUGCACACUGGCUUGCUCACAGACUUGCUCCCGGAUUCUAGGGCUGAGCCUUGGGACUGCAGCCCUGUUCGCUGCUGGGGCCAACAUGGCACUCCUCUUUCCUAACUGGGAUGUGACCUACCUGUUGAGGGGCCUCGUUGGCAGGCAUGCCAUGCUGGGAACUGGGCUCUGGGGAGGAGGCCUCAUGGUACUCGCUGCAGCUGUCCUCAUCUCGACGGGCUGGAGAUACGGCUGCUUCAGGAAGAGUGGGCUCUGUCGAAGCGUGUUCGCUGGUCUGCUGUCAAGUGGCCUGGCUUUACUUGGAGCCCUGAUUUGCUUUGUCACUUCUGGAGUUGCUCUGAAGGAUGGUCCUUUUUGCAUGUUUGAUGUCUCAUCCUUCAAUCAGACACAAGCUUGGAAAUAUGGUUACCCAUUCGAAGACCUGCACAGUAGCAAUUAUCUGUAUGACCGUUCGCUCUGGAACUCCGUCUGCCUGGAACCCUCUAAAGCUGUUUUCUGGCAUGUGGCCUUCUUCUCCACCCUUCUGUGCGUCAGCCUGCUCCAGCUUCUUCUGGUGGUCGUUCACGUCAUCAACAGCUUCCUGGGCCUUUUCUGCAGCCUCUGCGAGAAGUGACAGGCAGUAUCUUCACGUUCAAGCAUGGGUGUUUUCAUCAUGGGCUGCCUUGAGUCCUUUCUACAAGGAGUGGGUACGAAUUACCAACAAACUCCCCCUUUAGGCAUCUCUGGAAUAAUGAUAACAAAAUUCACUGCAUGUAGGUUGAAUAAUAAAAUGCAUUUUAAAUCACGUUGUGAACUUCCAGGUGAUGCAUGGAUAGGAUAAAUAAUUAAGUCAUUAUAAAUGUGUAAGAAUUUAUAGUCCAUAAAAUGUCCUCCAGC